GUAGCCAGGUAUAAAAUUAGCUGAUUUGGAGCAUUAGUCCUCAAUAUAAAGGAGACUUGAAAAGAAGCGGAAUGAAGACAAGCUUUAUCUCAACAUGGUGUCUGCUGUUACGACCAUGGGCUGCUUGAAGUUGGCCGCAGUGACUCUUCUUCUGUUGUUUUUUCUUCUGAACGUAGCUGAUUCUUAUCCCAACUUCGACUCUUCAAGCAUGAGCUGUGGGGAAUGCAGCCUGGGUCUGAACCGGGUUUUUUCACGGGACCGUCCGAUCUACCAGUGCAUGGGCUGCUGCUUCUCCCGGGCGUACCCGACGCCGCAGACGGCCAUGCAGACGAUGGCGAUCCCCAAGAACAUCACCUCAGAGGCAACGUGCUGCGUUGCAAAGCACAGCUACGAGACAAAGGUAGAUGACAUCACAGUGAGAAACCACACAGAGUGUCACUGCAGCACCUGCUAUUAUCAUAAGUUGAUAUGAAACGUGGAAACCUGCAGGCUGUCUCCUUUGAAAUGCACAAGCUGCUCUCUGUUUGGAAGCAGGUGUUGUUUAUGUUAGCCUUUCUGUGUUUGUGAUGUGUAACUAGCCUUUGUGUUUGCAUUGAUAACUGUGUAUCAAUAACUGAGGACUUGAAAUUAAUUAAAAAAGUUCACCAAGAGGUCAU